AUGUAUUACUAUUUUGCUACUUCAGAACGCAGUCCUACAGAAGAUCCAAUUGUAUUCUGGGCUACUGGCGGUCCUGGUUGUUCAGGAAUGAAUGCCAUUAUAUACUUUCAUGUGCCUUUCAAGAUUGAGGAAGAUCCGGAUUAUAUCAUCAAUGGUGUGAAAGUAGAACUCAAUCCUUUCCAUUGGACCAAGGUGUCUAGCCUUGUUGUUAUGGAUGCACCUGUUGGUACUGGAUUCUCAUAUUCUGAUAAUAGUGAGGAUUACCAAACUGAUGAUUCCAAUACUAUAGCAGAUCUAUAUGACUUUGUUUUCAAGUGGUUUCACGAGUACCCUGAGUUCUUGUCUAAUCCACUUUACAUUACUGGAUGUUCAUAUGCUAGAGCUUAUGUCCCAACUUUGUCACUAGAAAUUGAGAAAGGAAUAGAUGGAGGGGUGAAGCCAAACUUAAAUUUCAAGGUAACUGUGAAUUGCAUCCUUACUCAAAAGAAGGAUAUGACUUUGUUGAUGAUAUUAUCUAUUUACCUAAAAGACAUUAUGAAGAUGUAA